AUGGAAGACUUUCAUGUCAGCGUUAGUGACGAGAGUAGCACAGGGAUGGCUGAGAAGUCCACGAUGCAACAAGAAUUCGACUUAAUGGAUCAGGAGCUAUGGGGCAAAGGCUGGAACCGGUGUUUGGAUGCAAGCAGACCUUGGCUCUGUUACUGGAUCCUGCACAGCUUGGAGCUUCUGGAUGAGCCGCUUGAUGAAAGCACAGCUUCCCACAUUUGUCAAUUCUUGGCACGAUGUCAAAGUCCAAAUGGUGGAUUUGGUGGUGGACCGGGCCAAGAACCACAUCUUGCUCCAACGUACGCUGCUGUGAAUGCGCUCUGUAUAAUGGGCACAGAAGAGGCUUAUGGUGUUAUUAAUAGAGAAAAGUUACUUGAAUUUCUGUACUCUGUGAGGCAACCGAAUGGGUCCUUUACUAUGCAUAUGAGUGGGGAAGUUGAUGUCAGGAGUGCCUACUGUGCGGCAUCUGUUGCAUCGUUAACAAACAUCAUCACACCUACACUGUUUGAGGGAACACCUGAGUGGGUGAUAAGCUGUCAGAACUGGGAGGGUGGGAUCGGUGGUGUACCUGGAAUGGAAGCUCACGGUGGGUACACAUUCUGUGGUAUGGCUGCCAUGGUCAUCCUUAAAAAGGAGUGGAUGUUGGAUCUCAGAGCAUUAUUGCGCUGGGUAACGAAUCGGCAAAUGCGCUUUGAAGGUGGAUUUCAAGGUCGAUGCAACAAAUUGGUGGACGGUUGUUACUCAUUCUGGCAGGCUGGACUCCUGCCACUUCUGCACCGAGCGCUACAUGCAGCGGGAAAGGAUACUCUCAGUAUGACACACUGGAUGUUUCAUCAAGAAGCACUUCAAGAGUACAUCCUACUCUGUUGCCAGAAUUCCACUGGAGGAUUGUUGGAUAAACCUGGCAAAUCAAGGGAUUUUUAUCACACCUGUUACUGUCUAAGUGGACUAUCGGUGGCACAGCACUUCGGUGGUGGAGAACUUCUCCAUGAAAUUAUUGUGGGUGAUGAAAGUAACCGACUGAAACCAACCCACCCUGUGUACAACAUUGGUCCUGAAAAAGUAGCACAAGCUGUAAUGCACUUCCUCAAGCUCUCAGUUCCACGGAUAAAGACUAAUUCAAAUUAAAAUUACGAUGCAUUCAAAAUAAUUCAAUUUCCAAAUAUUAGUUGUGCAACCCCAAUCCAAAGAAUUAUGUUUUCAAAGUAAAAUUGUUCAACUUGGAGCGCAUUCUAAUAUGAAGCUACUAGCUUUGUGCAACGACAGGGAUAAAAGCCAUUGGAACUGCACAUAGUGUGGCUAACUAGUCCAGUUUACAUUCAGCAACUUGCUCCUGAGAACUGAAACGUCAGAGACUGUUAUCUGUAAAUGUUCCUGUUUACACGACAGCGUCUCUCAAAAAAGUGAAUAGUAUUAGUGUAAAUACGGCACUGUACCUUUUACUGGCUUCAGAAAUAAUUUAUCACUGUUGCAAUAAAGUUUUUUUUUCCAAGCUUUCAAUUUUUGUCUGAAUUGUUACUAUAUAACAUUGUGCUUGCCCUUUUAAAAUUGCUCGUGUCAAAUGUGGAAAAACAAGUGAUGUGAUGUUGAGCAGUAUGUUUUGCUUUUGGAUAGCUUUAAUUGAGAGAAAUCUCCGUUCCAUGAUGUUUUAUCAUGUAUAGAAAGCAAAGCAAACAUUUUUUUUCAAAACUUUUUCAAUUAGUGUUGUGGGAAUGGGCCGGCAUAGUUUCAUAAUUAAAACAUUCAAGGGACAUGUUUGUGGAACAAAGAUGUCAUUUUGGUUUGCUGACUACUUGAUUGCAUUUUCUGGCAUUGGUGAUAUAACUUUGCACACUAAGUCAUAAAAACAUAAAGUCCAAAUGCUUCAGAGAAGAGCAAUCAAGUUUCCAAGUAGCUGAGUUUACUGGAACUUAAAAUUUAUAAAUAUAACUCAGUCAGUGGGCUAUACAAACUAUUCAAAUUGUGGCUGGAAUAAUCUCUGUAUGCAGUUAGCAUGUAUUAUUGUCCAAUGGAAAGAAAAUGCAUUGUCAGGGCUGUUUUUACCAUUACACCAUUUCCCUUUCUUCAUAAUUCAUUGUGAAAUCGCAUUAAUAAGUUCCUAACCUUUCUCUUCACUGCAUUUUAUUUUCUCUUCUGACAGACGCACUAAUGAAAACACUGAAGUCUACCCUCUUUUAAAUGUGUUUGAACAGUUUGAUUGCAGGUAUAAAUAUUAAACUCCCUAAUGGCUGUGUGGCCAUUCGUUGAUUUUAGCCACAUAACCAUAGUUGUUUUUAUAUAUAAGUAAAUGUACUCUGAAAUCUGAAAAUUGUAAAAUCAUGUUUGAUUAGCAUAUCAUCAAAAUUAAACUUCCUGUAAUGUUUUACUUAAGAAUUAUAACUGAGAAUGGAAAUUGAAAUUUUAAAUGGAUUUUUAAAAAUAAGCAUUAAAUCAGUAAA